CAAAGGCCGCUCUGAUCAAGGGGGAGGUUCCCACGACAGAGGCGCUCGUUCUCGGAUCAGGGCCGCUUGCAUGGGCUGCCACUAGUUGGCUGGAGUCAUUCGACGGCAGGCUGCCUCUGAUCGGGGCAGCGACGGCAAAGCUCCUCUUGGGGUCGGCUCGAGAUUUGGGAUCAAGCAGAGGGGCAGAGGGGGAGCGAGGGGAGGAGAGGAGGGAGGUGCUCUUGGACGAGGAACGGUAUCUUCUAGGACUCCUAGAGAGGCGGCCACACAAAGAGGCGGCAUGCGCUGGAAGUUCGUGCUUUUGUAAGAAGCACGAGUUCCUUUUUGGAGAGGCUCGGCCGCCGACGGAGGAGAGGAGGGAGGGGCAAGAGGGGGGGCACGACGCGGGAGUCAGCAACGAGAUGGCUGAGGGGCCCCCUGCACUCAAACGAGCACGGAGAUCAAAGGCAUUUUGGAAAGCAGAAGCGCAGCGAUCGAUUCCAACGACCGGCACUGGCGGGGCCAAUCGGAAGGUUGGGGCCGCCAGCCGAUGCUCGAGGGAGCUCGAUGCGAUCCAUGGCUGGGUCGAUGCAUGCUGCAGUUGCAAGUUGAGCUCUUUAGCGGCAGUGGGGGCGUGCAAGCAUGGGAGGGAAGAAGAGGAGCGGCGCUUAAAGGCCCCAGUGAUGCUUUUGAGCACCGAGGCGAUCCAGCUGACGAAGCCGAAGCUUGCGAGGCUCAGUGAUGCGCCAAACUUCCACGACCCUUGGGUGACGGCCCUUGGAGGGCCCCCGGUCCGCGUCAGCAAGCUCCGAGACCGUCACUUUCUGGAGCUGUCGAACUUGGGCUUGCUGAGCGUGCCGUGUCCAUUGGAAAGCCCUCCUUGCGGCGGGUCCUGGGCCGAGAAGAGGGUCGAGACUUCCGUAACAGCCUCGCAGUGGAGCCAAAAGAUCGAGGUGCGGAUCUGCCAUUGUAAUUGCCCCGACGAAGCGCACACCAUUCAUUUUGACGGGGAGGCCCUCGGCCUGUACACUUGGAACCGAAGGACCCUCUUCGUCCAGGAGAGCCUCCAAUUGCUCCUGCGCGGCAUGCAACACGGGCACUCGUUCAAGGCGGAGCUGGCCACCAAUUAG